AUGUAUAAAUCUGAUGUAUUUAUUUUGCCAUUAUUAAAAUAUGUGGAAACUAUUUUUUUAUUUCUUAACCUGAAUUUCAGAAAUUUGAGUGCAAAAAUUUUUUCACAAUCCAUAAAGACAGUCCUGAUC